AUGCAAAUUUCAAAAACUUCAGGGCCAUCCCAGGCGCCAACGGAGAAUAAGGAAAUUUCGAGGGGUGAAAAGGUGAAUCUGGACAUAAUCGAUGCCAGUUUGGUAGUUAACAGACUGGGAAUCGGGGGUGGAUUGGAGGAUAAUGGGGAAUUCGGGGGCUUUUGUGAAAAAGAUAUGUUGGCAUUGUUCGACGAGGUGGAGCCGAGUUUGGAGGAAAUUAAGGAAACUUUUGGGGUGUUUGAUGCAAAUGGAGAUGGUUUUAUAAAUGGGAGCGAGUUGCAAAUAGUUUUUCGUAACUUGGGGCUGAAGUGCAAUUUGGAAGAGUGUUGUAGGAUGAUUGAAAAAUUCGAUUGCAAUUGA